GCUCUGUCUGCAGGUCCACUCUUAACGCUGUUUCACUCAGCUGUGAGAUUAUCCAGUUCGCUCAGUGUACUUCCUGACUCAGCGGUGGGUGGAACAGUCCUCUUACGUCCUGCACACAAGGAAGAUGAAUAAUAAUGCGCAGGAUACUGCAGUGCUUCAGCACAUUGAGAGGGAGGUACGCAUGCGUGAAGGAGCUUGCAAGCUACUGGCAGCAUGUUCCCAAAGAGAGCAGGCCCUGGAGGCCUCCAAGAGCCUCCUAACCUGCAAUGCCCGCAUUCUGGCCUUGCUCAGCCAACUACAGAGGAUGAGGAAAGUACAAAUCCUACAAAGUGUGGGAUGCAGGCCAUCUGACGAUCUGGUGCCAUGUACAGGAAAAGUAGCACUUUCAGACCUGCGAAUCCCCCUCAUGUGGAAAGACUCAGAGUACUUCAAAAACAAAGGAGAACUACAUCGCUGUGCCGUGUUCUGCCUGAUCCAGUGCGGCACAGAGAUCCACGACACUGACCUGGUGAUGGUAGACAGGACAUUAACUGACAUCUGUUUUGAAGACACUAUAAUAUUCAACGAGGUAAGCGCAGGGUUUCAGCUUCGUGUUGAGCUGUACAGCAGUUGCGUGGUCGAUGAAUUCUCCCCUGGGGCCAUAGGAUCCUGGAGAGUGAGCCGUCUGGGGGGCUCUUUGGGAUGCUCCUCUGGGAAAAAGAUCCGUGCUGCAUUCGAGUCUGCAGCUGUUUGCGGAUCCAUUUCCAGUGGAGGAGAUGUAAGAUCCGGAAGCGUGCCACCAGCAUUAUCACCUGACCUGUUGACACUGGGACCUAAGUACAACCUGUUGGCUCACACAACCCUGAGAACUGAACAUGUCCGGGAAGGUUUCAAAACGCACGAUUUAUCACUUUCAGCGACAGAGGAUAAUCCAUUCUGGUUGCCUUUGUAUGGAAGUAUGUGUUGUUGCUUAGUUGCUCAGCCUCUGUGCAUGAUUCAGCCAGUGAUAAGUGGCCAAAUCAAAAUCAAGCUCAGCUCAGAAGAGGACUGUAAUUAUUCUGAAACUGUCUAUGGUGUCCUCAAGAGGCAAGCCCUUCUCUGUUAUCAAAGUCAAGACGACCUGGAGUCUGAGGACAAUCCCUUGCUUGAGAUUCCAAUCAGAAAGGAUACCGUUGUCUAUACCGUUACCGUUGACAGAGAUCCUGCCAAUUGCCAGAAUAUAUACAUCAAUACACAAUGUCAAGGGGAGGACAUAACUUACGUGCUUACCACAUACACGCUUGAGGACACACAGCGCUGGAGGGAGGCCCUUUGUCAGCACAUCUAUAGCAUGAGCCAUUGGAAACAGUGCUGUGACAACCUCAUGAAGAUACAAAUGCCGAGCUCCAGGAAAUCAGUAAUGACGAAGCAGGGAUCUCUAUACCAUGAAAUAGGUCUGUCCAAGACAUCACUGAGGUCCUGGACAAUCUGAGGUGCAACGUGGCGGCGUCAGAUGGACCGAAACAUAGUGUCCCAGAUGUGUUGGAUAUAGGCCAGAUGAGUGUGGGGGCUCAUUAGUGGUGUAAAUUCCCUCAUCCUCAUUGUCCUGCACCAGGAGGAAACCAGCACCCACUGCCCCAGCAAAAAGACUGACAAUGGCUUCAAGGAUUUCAACUUGAAAUCAGCUCUGUGCGUCGCUCCGUGGAUAUGCCUCUGAUUGCAGCAUCCUCAUCAUGCCCAUCCGAAAGAGAUAAUAAUCUCUUUGGGAUAAUAGAGACAUAAUCUCCAAAUAAAAAAUGCUUGCAAAGCCAGACAAUCUCUAGACAAUCACAGAUCACACCACCAACCCGGUCAUCCUGAACAAUGUUACAGACAGCAUAACGUUCUCCAUGACUUCACCAGACCCUUUCAGGUCUGUCACAUGUGCUCAGGGAGAACCUGCUCUCAUCUGUGAAAAGCACAGGGCACCAGUGGUGAACCUGCCAAUUCUGGUAUUCUGUGGUAAGUGCCAGUUAGACUUCAUGGCGCCCGGCAGUGAGCACAGGGUCCAGCAGAAGAAGUGGGCUCUCAGGCCACCCUCAUGAAGACUGUUUUUGAUUGUUUUGUCAGAGAGAUUCAACCCACUGUUCUGCUCAUCAGAUCUUUUUUUUUUUUUUAGCUCUGACAGAGCUCAUCCUGUACCCUCUUGCACAAAGGAGCAGAUGGGUUAAGUACCCUCUACAGUCCUUGUCCUGCUCUCUUACAAACCCUGUAAUACCACAUAUUGAUGUGGCAUUUUGGAGGAGUUGGACUACCUGUGCAACCUCUGUAGGGUCCAGGCAUCGCUUCAUGCUACUAGUAGUGACACUGACCCUAGCCAAAUGCAAAACUACUGAAUAAACAGUCCGAAAAGAUGAAGAGGAAAAAAACUUCAGUGACCUCCAUCUGUAAAACCAUUCCAGCUUUUGGGAACUGUCUCAUUGUUGCCCCUCUAGCGCACAUGUUGUGAAUUUUAUUAACACCAAAGCAACUGAAACAGAUUAACAACCCCCUCUAUUACUUAACUGGCCAGAUCAGUGUUCCAGAAGUUGAACAGACUCAAUGCUGUCCUGAAAUUAAAAAGUGUCCCUUUAAUUUUCUUUCAGUAUCCCUACAUAAGUGAACAGCAGAGACUUCUGGAGGGUUUCCAAAUACUAUUUCAACACAUCAUUUUAUAUUUGGUGUUGUGAAAUUUGGCAAAGUAGUCUAAACCGGUUGAGUUGACCAAAAAAAAAAAGAAAUUCCCUCGGGCUUCUAUUUACUCUGUGGGAGUAUUAAAGUAAGUAUGAACAUGAUAAAUUGAUCAAUAGCAGGUGUUGGAUAUGAUUCAGAAUAUGCUUAACAUAAAUAUUUUCAAAGUAGUAAGGAUUUACGAGAGGUUUUUUUUUUUAUGAAUCUUAUUUGGAAUAGAAAACGAUGAGCUCAGGAGUGCAUUUGUUUCAAUUCAGGGACAAUUCUUUCAUUCUCAGUUCAAAGCUGACAGGUGACAAGUAUUGAAACUUACCAAAUGAUUAAAAAAAAGUCCUAAAGAAACUAAAGAUGUAGGUGAAUGUAGGUGAAUGUAAAAAAUGGAUAUUGACCAUUGGACUCAAGGGUGGAGCUUUAAAAUCAAAUAUGUAGCAUGAAUACCACAAGGUAUAACGAAUGUCUUCUCAGAAUUUGCGCAGAGGAAUGCAGCAUUAUAUCAUCUGUCUGCAAUGACGCCUCCCAGUCUUUGUGCGUUGUUCAGUGUUGGGGUGUGGUAACUGCCCUUAUCAAAACACUGCACUUUCACAAAGCAUAAAUGAAAUAACGAUGCAAUACUGGAAGAAGGAAUAUGGGUGAAAGUUUUAAUCCUCUUGAGUUCCUCUUCAGAAUAUUAUUUGUUGAAAUUGUGCUUCACAGACUAGGGAUUUGUCAACAGUGUACUCAUUCCAGAAACACAAAACAGGCAAAUUGCAGGUGUAUGCAUGUAUGUAGGAGUUCGUGUACAUCUG